GCAGCCCUGCCUGCCUUCCACGGCCGAGCCAGAUCUUGGGGGUUGUACGGGAUGAUAGCCGAGUGAAAAAGCUUGGCGAGUCCCGAGGAGAGUUCGCUCAUCAGCAGCAGCAGCCCUGGCCUGCCACAAUCCCUUCGAUUCGGUCAUCGAUGACCCCAUACCUAACUGUGAAUCAGCCGAUUCGACGCGAAAGAGCGCUGGUACCCCUUAAGCGCGAGGGCUCCCCCUCGUUUCUGAGGGCUGCGAGAGCACGCAACUUCCGGCACGUUCGUGACGCGGGGGCUCGCACGCGCCGAGAGAAAUAAGAAUCCCCUUUCCCGCACUGCACUAGGGUCACACUGUUAGGCGUGUGCGGGAUUGUCAUGUGGUGCGCGACGCGGCUCGGCAAAGCCGCGCAAGGGCCACCCAAUUAAUUAAGAUAGCUCCUAGACACACACACUAGAUCGAUAGGGACCGGCCGCGAUAAAGACUGGCGAGGGUCUCAGACUUCAGGGAUGUUGCAGUGCUGUGGUGUUGGAGGUGGCGCUUCCACGGCACCUCACGCUCCGCAGCUGCAGGGUACCGGAUCCGCUCUCGGAGCUACCACCUCCACGAGAACCACCAUCAUGCAGGACGCAGUUCUCGAGUCCAUCCUGGAGCAAAUGCGGGAGACGGAAGCUCGGCGAGCGGAACUGGAGAGGCAGCAUGCGGACGCACAGAACCAACUGCGGGAGAAGAUAGCAGGACGCUAUCAAGGCCCAGAGUCGAUCGAAGCCUUGCAAUCGAAGAUCAGGGAGCUCGACAAAAAGACCGAGCUGCAGAUGGUGAAGCAUGAGGAACUGGCGCUGGAGCUGACCACUCUGAGACGUGCGCGCAGCAGAGGACCAGUCGCAGGGCACGUCACAUCCGCCAAUAUCCCGACGUCCACUUGGCCACCGGCAGGCUCCGAAAUCGAUAUAAUCAUCGCCAAGAUCGAGCAAGACAAUAGUGCCAGCAGAAUGUUACACGACUUGGAUCACACGCGGGACGCGAUAACCACGCAACAACCGUCGGCUACUCAAGGCAUCCUUCGGUCCAGCUCGGAAAAUCUUCCCAACCUAGGCCAGCAUCAACAUCCACCUCAUCCGCACGCUCUCAACCUCGGGAUACCUACUCAAAUGAGUCACUAUGCAGGCUCGCCGAUGCCGUUAACGCCAAUGAUGCCUGGUUGCCCUCCGCUGACACCGAAUGGACCACCCUAUCAUUACAGUGAACCGAUACCGCCGGCGCCGUCACUCUCCACCAGCCAAUCGCAGCCCGCUUUCCAACAGAAGAUCCAGCAGUAUCAAUCGCAACCGCACGAGAUGUCGAGUUCCCACCCCCAAAGUGCUCUGUCGUCCCAAAAGCAGCAGCAACAAACGCACACACACUUCACGAGCAAUCAGUAUCAGGAAAGUUAUCCACAUACGCAGACGUAUCAGCAGCCGCUUCAGCAACCACAGCCGUCGCAGCAGCAACAGCAGCCUCAACAACCACCACAUCCGGCCUCAACUACGUACCUGACAUCGGCCAGCCAGAGCGUAAUACCUCAUUACACACAGCCUGCUCAGACCGCCCAGAAUUAUCAGUUGAACGGCAGUCAACAGGCAACGACAUAUCCUAGUUUGUCCUUGGCGUCGCAUCCGAACGGGACUUACAGCACGGGCGCGACCAGCUACAACACCCAAUUGCCGCCUCACAAUUACACCGUACCGCAAACGAACAUCACACAGACCACACUGUCCUCGCUACCGUUGUAUUCUACCACACCUUCCUUUCAUUCUACCCUCGGGGGCCUUACGAGCGUACCCCAAUCUGUUCUUCCUUUCUCCACUGGUCAAAGCACAUUCGCCACGAGUGGAUCGACCUACUCCACUACCGUCGGGACCAACGCUUUCGGGACGUCGGGCGUAAGCUCAGGUACCAGUUCGGGAAGUUUGUUACAAGCAAUAGGCGAUCCUCUGCACGCGAUGCAGCAACUUUCCGCCCAGUCGCAGGCCAAUCAGCUUCAGCAGCAGGCAAUCAUCCAGCAGAUCCAGCAGAGCUUGCGCGCCAGCUCGCCGACCGCGCCCGGUACCGCGACCGGCCACCAUUACAUGGGUCCUAGACAAAUGCCGAAAAUACCCACGAGUAUACUGACGAACCCGCUGGACCGACUGACCAACACGGAGGACAUCAUGUCUGAGGGGCAAGUGGACAUGCUAGAUGUGCCCGGCAAGGGCAGAUGUUACGUUUACAUAGCCCGCUUCAGCUACGAGCCGUUCCAACAUUCCCCAAACGCGAAUCCGGAAGCGGAGUUGCCUGUCCAGGGUGGUGAUUACCUUCUGGUCUGGGGUCAACCCGAUGAGGAAGGCUUUCUGGACGCGGAGACACUGGACGGUAGACGCGGCCUGGUGCCGGCCAAUUUCGUGCAGAAAUUGAUCGGUGAUGAUUUGUUGGAGUUCCAUCAAGCUGUCCUCGGCCUCCGGGAUGUGGACGACUCCGUCUCAACGAAUAUUCCUCAAUGCUACCUACAGGAUAUCGAUUUAGAAUUAGCCGCGUUGGAAGAGGGUAACCGAAACCGCCAAGCGGAAUUGUACGUGGAACUUGACAAUAUCGCAGAGGAGGAUGAGCAAGAACCACCAGAAGUCUACAUGUUUUCGGACCUAGUUCCGGCGCCGCAGCAUCUCACCCUCGAGCGGCAACUUAACAAGAGCGUGCUGAUCGGAUGGACUGCGCCCGAGAACACGCACCAGCUGGAGUCCUAUCACGUUUACGUGGACGGCGUGCUGAAGGUCACCGUGAAAGCCACCGAGAGGACCAGAGCUUUAGUGGAGGGAGUCGAUUCCACUCGGUCGCAUAGAAUAAGUGUGCGUUCAGUCACGCAUUCGAGAAGAACGUCACGUGAUGCCGCCUGCACGAUGGUGAUCGGUAAGGACGUCGCAUUGGGCCCGACCGCCGUCAAGGCAUCGAACGUCUCGGCGACUAGCGCUGUGAUAUCCUGGCUACCCAGCAACAGUAACCAUCAGCACGUCGUAUGUGUGAACAACGUGGAAGUGAGAACUGUAAAACCGGGUGUCUACAGGCACACUAUCACCGGCCUAGCUCCGUCGACAAUAUAUAGGGUGACCGUCAAGGCGAAGAACCUGCGUGCGACACACUUUGAGGACCAAAACGCCCAGGCGGCAAACAAUCUGGCCUGCCACGUCCACUUUAAAACGUUAUCUAAGGGAUUGCCGGAUCCUCCGGUCGAUAUCCAGGUGGAGGCUGGACCGCAGGACGGCACUUUGCUAGUGACCUGGCAGCCUGUUGCCCUAAACGGUUCGGCCGUCACCGGUUACGCGGUAUACGCCGAUGGUAAGAAGGUCACCGACGUCGACAGCCCCACCGGCGACCACGCGCUUGUCGACAUACAUAAGCUUAUGGGCCUCAAUCCGAAACACAUCACGGUCAGAACUAAGAGCAGGGAGAGUCAGUCGGGUGAUAGUUGUGCCACGGCAAUACCCUGCAGUGUGCUGCGCGGAGGUCCUACCGGCCAUGUGCCGCCGCAUGUUGGACCUCCACAUAUGAUGGACCAACGGCAACAGCAACAGCCCCCUGGCAUGGCACCCCAGGAUGAUCCGAAUCGUCAUCGCAUGCCCGGCGGCGUGGGUCAGCGAUAUCCAAAUGCACCCAUGCCUUCGCACAUGCGACGACAUGUCGGCAACAGAGUGGAUGCCCAUGGUCAGGUCAUCAUCGAGACGGACGAGAAUCUCUCCGACAAGGAGAUCUAUCCCGGACAGAGCCUUCCUCAGAUGGGUAUUCCAGAAGUCAUCAAGGAUUCCGCAAGUGAGGCAAAUUACAGCGAGGAGGAUGAUCCUACUCGAAGACGGGGGCUGCCACCGCAACAUCAAGCCCCGCAUCAUCGAUAUGCUCCCCAAAUGGAUCCUCACGGCCCACCUGGAACACACAGGUCACUCGGUAUGGGCGGACCCAGCGGAAGACCUCAAGAUCCUUAUUAUGACCAAACGGGGUCUCAAAGGGGCAGGGGACCGAUUUAUCGCGCUGGACGAGCGCAAGCUCAAGGUGGCGCGGGCCACCCACCGGGCGGAGCUCAACAGAUGAGCAAGAGACAACGAUGGUUCGUGGCGCUAUUCAACUACGAUCCCACAACCAUGUCGCCAAAUCCAGAUGCCUGCGAAGAGGAAUUACCAUUUUCGGAAGGCGAUACCAUCAAGGUGUUCGGCGAGAAAGAUGCCGAUGGUUUCUACUGGGGCGAGUGUCGCGGUAGACGAGGAUAUGUUCCUUACAACAUGGUGGAGGAACUUAAAGAUCCGCCAGGUCAAGCCCAGCCCGGUAGAAGAGGACCCACGCAGAGCGAAAGAUGGGGGGAUAUUUAUGCGAGCAUGCCCGUGAAGAAGAUGAUAGCCCUCUACGAUUACGAUCCUCAUGAAUUGUCUCCUAAUGUUGAUGCUCAAGUCGAAUUAACGUUCCAAACUGGAAACGAGAUUUACGUCUAUGGCGACAUGGACGAUGAUGGCUUUUAUAUGGGCGAGUUGAAUGGUGUGCGAGGUUUGGUGCCAAGUAACUUCCUCACCGAAGCACCCGGGCAAAAUCAAGGGCAACCGCCGCAAGGUAGCAGACGACCAGGCGGUCAGAGCCAGGGACCGGGUGCAAGAGGGCCGCCCCCGCCUCCACGGGAACCACCCCCAGCCGGUCAUCGUCGUGGCAAAGAUGCCUGCAUUGUGCCUGUGUCUGUCCCUGUCUGUCACUUAGACUCUAGACAACUACAACAACAACCAUCACCACUAAUGAACAACCAACAACAUCAACUACAACAUCAAAACAAUCCACCGCAUCUAGCCUACCAACAAGCGAAUCACCACAGCUACACGACCGUAACCACGUCCAAUCAGCAUGGGCCCAGUCACUUGCCAUCCGGCGGCGGUGUCAUGGGUGCCCAUCAGCAAGGUCCCGUACCGCCCCACCUUCAACAACAGGGGAAGGGGAGGGGCGGCGUGGUCAAUCGGGUCGCUGGUAGUAACAUGCCAGGUAUGCAGGGCCCCGGGCAGCAUCUCCAGCAACAGCAGCAGGACUAUCUGGGCCAGCAGCAGCUGAAUCAGCCGUAUCAGCAGCAACAGCCAAAUCAGCCGUACCAGCAGCAACCGCAGGUUCCAGGUUAUCAACAACAACCGCAGCAGCAGUUCCAGCAGCAACAGCAACCGGGCCUAUUUUCGCAGCAGAAUCCACAAGGUCCUGGGAUGCAGCUUGGUGGUCCUCAGAGCACUAGCAAACCGAUGAGGGGAAUUCCGACGGUAUUGCCGACGGCGCAGUCCAAGCCUAACACGGCGCAGGGACAGCAGCAGCAGCCGCAGCAACAGAGCACCGGCCCGAACCUGAUGCAGAAGUUCACCGAGAUGGCGGGCGCGAGCGCUGGUGGUGACAUACUGUCCAAGGGCAAGGAGUUGAUCUUCAUGAAGUUCGGAUUGGGCAAGUGAGAAGGACCGAUCGUCGACAGCGUGACGACGAUGACGACGAUGCUGCUGCUGAUGAUGACGAUAAUAAUGACGAUAAUGACGACGUUGAAGACAAUGGUCAUGAUGAUGAUGGUAAUGACGCGUUGUCGUUCCCGUUUCUUCCUUCUCGCGCUCGACGUUCGCGUUUGACGCGCGAGAUAAAUCUCAAUGACGAAUCGUGUAAAUCAGUAUUAUGACUGAGCGUUGUUCCCCGCGGUGGAAGACACUGAUAUGAUAAGAAGCACGAUUUCGCCAGGAUAUUGCCGCUGGGCAGACGAAGCGAAGAACGAAUGCCGGCAUUGCUGCUGCUGCUGCUGUUUGCUAUUAUAUAUCGUUAAUAAUUGCUGCAAGAGAAGAGAUAAAUAUGAUCGCUGGAUAAGUAUCGAUCGAAGGCAAGCUUCGCGACCGAGGACGGGAAGAAGGAUGUUUAGUGGAGACUGUUCGAAGUCGGAAACGGGAGUUGAGAGAUUCACGCUAAGAAUCAAGACAAUGACGACGAUCCCAUCGAUUGAGAAGAGACAAGAGACGCGUACGAGAUUUAUCAGAACUUCUUGUUAAUCUUCUUUUCCAAACUUUUCUUGUUCUUGUUCUUGUUCUUCUUCUUCUUCAACUUCGCCUAUGUCUUCUACUUCGCGCGACGGUAGGAUCCCCAAUCGGAUGAUCCGCUAAAAAGAUAGUCGGACGUUCGCCCACCGAUACUGUUGCAGAAUCUCCCGAUGUGUAUACACGAGAUAAUCAAUAUAUGCCAGAAUGGAACCACUGAUUGCUAAUCUACGAAACGUACUCGCGGACAUCGCGUCUCACGAAUCGCGUAACCGCGCGACUUGUUUCUUCCAGUCUCUCUUCGUCCUCUUCGAAUCUCGCGGAUUAUUCGGAGCGCCGUUCGGUUUUUAGAGUAAACCUCUAUCGCGACGCAGAAUCGAGUCUCAUAAGAGCAGUAUCCAGCAUUAAUAACUAAGGUAACCCCAGAAAGGAAAGAGAGAGAGAGAGAGAGAGAGAUAGAGAGAUUGGGUGGAAGCCGACAUUUAGGAAGAGGGAACUUUUAAUCAUAUCGCCAUGUAGGAGUGAGAACGCGACAACGGCAUGGGUGUGCCUUGGAGAACCGUCUCACCCAGCAGCACACAAAUGCAAUGAUCAUAUCUCUAAUCGAUAAUUCUAUAGCUGUUCUUUUUUUCCUCGUGAAAAUGAAAGCGCGCGCGCGCACGCUAUAUCGAGAGAAAGAGAGCCGAGGCGGCGCAUACACGAAUAAACGAUGACGAUCUCUCGUCUUGACAAUUUUCUCUUGUUCCCGUGUGUGUGUAUGACUGGAAGCCUCCUUUUUCCUUCUUCGCGUAUCCCCGAUCCAUCCCUCCCCCCCCCAGUAUUCCUGCUUCUGCCCCCAGCAUCUCUUUGGGUGGACCCGCGCGGGCGCGCGGGAUUGUCGCGUCCGCGACCACGAGAGAGAUCUUGAUCCUCGCAUCCUCGGCCGAGCUCGGACGAGCGCAAUCAGAAUCGGAACCGUUUUCCGGGGUCGAUCGAAAGGAUCGAGCAGAUCGGUUCGAAGACGACGUCCGGGGGAUGAACGACGGACGAGGCCGUUUAUCGUCGGGCUGUUCCGAACGGUGCGACAAACGAAUCGAAGGCGACACGGGACACCGUGUGAUGGCAGACACCAAUGAAACGCAGAAAUGCGAAACACUACUCGAUCUUUCGAUCGGGGCGAGCAAGUCGGUCGCGUUGAACGACAACUAUAUAUCAUAAUUGUGCGCAAGAGAGAGUGCGUGUUUCAUGUGUGUGGGUGCGUGCGUACGAGAGAGAGAGAGAGAGAGAGAGAGAGAGAGAGAGAAAGGGAGAGAAAGAGAGACAGGCAAGAUGGAGCGGGAGAUCCGUAGCGUGUACGCGUAUUAAAGGAUAAACGGGAUAUACAUAUAUACAUAUGCAUAUACAGAUAUACAUAUAUAUAUAUACAUACAUAUAUACAUAUAUAUAUUUAACUAUUGCAAAGUGUUGUUACAUCGCUACUUGUAUCGUAUUUUGUACAAAAUAUCUUUACCUUCGAUUGUUUUCUUUCGCCAAGGUAUCUUUAGCGAGAACAAAAAAAAACAAAGACACGGCGGAGGAAGAGCGACAAAUCCUUUCCGGAUCCACCGGUCGAGUCGUUCGGCGUCAUUUACACCGGGAUCACCGUCAUAUCAUUCUCUCUCAGAGCGCGAUCUUGCAUCUAAUUGUUAUCACUUGCGGCCUGUCCUUGCGCGUGUACUCGCUCCCCGUGUACCUCCCGGCGACACGGCGAGGAUACACGGCGAGACGAGAUCUCCUGAGAAGAGAAGAGCACCGCGCGGGGGGAUGAUCGUUUCUCCCUCUCGAUGGCAAAGCGAGUCUUCAGCAAAUUCGGGAUCGCGGCUCAACUCUGUCACCUCCAUCGCGCGUACGGCCUUUAAUAAUUAUCAGAGAGAAUAUAUCGCGCAUAAAAACGUUGCAAUUGCACGUGGGUAAAAUUUGGGACGUCGACACUGUCCACAGAUGGAAGUGACAGAGCCAACGUGGCGAUGUCCAGAAGAGCAACGCGACGCAAACCUGACACUUCGACUCUUCGGCAUCGAAGGAAGCGAUGCUGCGACGCGUGACGGAAACUUUAUGUAUACGUCAUCAUGGACCAAAGUGAAAUAUCCUUAGCGCUAAAGUCGGGAAACAUAUUAUUCAAGUAAAAAUAGCUCACUUUUCGUUUUAUCGCGCAAUUAUGCCUGCGUGCAGAUCGCAGUAGCUGUUUUACGACUCGCACUCGGCUUGUCGCCUCAUCGAAGCUUUUCAUACGUAACUCUACUAAGACUGGAAAGCAAAGGCUACCGAGAAGCAAUAUUCUAAUUAAAUCGUAAGAAAAGUGAUCGCAAACGCUGUAAAUUAAGAUACACAUAGAGAUUAAUUAUCGAGACAACGGACGUGUGCUCUCCCUGACGCGGUGCUCUCCUCGCCGAGCAAGCUUGUGCACGAUCGACUACACCCGCAUCGAAUGAAUCUGUCCGAAUCAAAAGUAUCACGACAGAAUAGCGGCAUUCGAGCGUUGAAAUUUUUUUUUCAUUUCUUUUCCCUCGUCGCUUUUUAUUGGCCGCGAAUGCCGUGUGAUAAAACGAAGCAAUAGAACUUGAUUACGAAUUUUAUAUGUGUCCCACGAAUUCGAUCGACUGAUCGUAUUUACUGACGUGACACCGAAUGAUCGAUGAGUUGAGGGUUGAUCGCGUCUUUUUUGCAAUACGCGAAACGAGCCCCUCGACCUACCAUACGUAAUCACGUGCAACGAAGAUUCCAUUCGCCUCUCGCGAAAUUAAUUUCGCCGAGAAUUCGUAAUCAAGUUGAUAGGAUCAAACAGAGACCGAAGUGAUCGUUCCUCUGAAGCACGUUUUCUACACGCAUCGGUUUCGUUUAUGCUUUUUCGGUCCCUUACACCCUCGCUCUCCUUUUCAACUUAGCACUGUAUCUACGAUUAUAUCCACGAAUCCAUAUCCCCGAUUUGCAAUCUCGAUUCAGGCAAUGUGAAGAAAAAAGACUGAUACCCAAAGUUACCCAUGUUGCCACGGACGUUGAUAACGGGCACCAAAACGUCGUAGCGAGUGUGUGUCUCUCGUGUGUCGCGAUCGUUAUGUGUUUCCUCGGUUGUCCCAUGCGUUACGAUCUCGAUAAUCUCUAUAAUAUAGCCGUGUAUAGUUCUUUCGCGCGAGCGAGAAAGUAUACAUAUUUGUUACGGACUUAUAAUUGAUUAUAGGCAUAAAAGAGAGAGAGAGAGAGAGAGAGAGAGAGAGAAUUUAUGGAAGCACCGAUAUAGAAUGUCUUGCGGGUUCAAGAAAGCAAAGAGAGAAAAUGAGAAAGAAAGAAAGAAGAAGAAAAAAAGAUCCUCGAAGAAGAAAGAUAAGUUAUAAGAAGAAAAGUAGAAAGGAGGAAGAGAAGCUUGUCGACUUAUAAUUACGGUACAAAGUCAAAGAAAGAAAGAGAAAGAGAGGGAGAGAGAAGAAAAGGCAGAGAAGGAGGAGUAAGCAUUUUUACUUAUCAUCGUUAGACGUUUAGAUACAAUCACUUAAAACGCAUCUGUACUGACUUUCACGCGAACGGAAAAACUCAUUGUGUAUCUCGCGUUAGAACGUUCGAACGAGCCAUCUGCGAUCCUCGUCCCUUUCGCGCACGGUCCAGACCAAGAAGCGCUAGCGAUCCAAUCGAUCGAUUAAUAGACACAAUAAAAUAGCGACGCGUCGAUCGAACGCGGGCAGGAUAGGAUCACGCGAUGCGGUAUGCUCGUUUUUGAAGCUUCGGAUUCGUCAUUGCGAUCAGUAUUAUUGAAUCGAAGGCAAUCUUGUCCAGUCUUAUAGUGGUGCAUUUUAUUCGAUCAAACGUAAAACUAUACUAAACUAUGUCUAUAAAACUCUACACACAGUUUAUUUAUUUCAUUUUGAAGAGAAAUAUUACGCGUGAUCCUUCUUUGCUGGCAUUGUGAUGCAAUUUACGAUCGCGACGACGGAUCACUGGCCUCUACCCAGCGAUACCAAUCGCGACAAGACUAGACGAGGAGCCGUGCUCCUCGUUCAAGACCCGCGCCUCUGUAUAUCUCACUGUACAUUCUCAUCGUCAUCGAUUUAGAAUCCUCUGAGUGGACGAUCUGUGUAGCUCUUUUGAUAUCACGGUUGGCGAGCGAGUGCGGUGUGCGAGCAAGCUCUCGAAAUGCUGAAGAGAACGCAGGUACGCGCCCUGAACGAAUUCUCCCUUUUCUGGGACGUUACUUUUUCGGUUGUCGUAGGUAACUUUUAGGAUAUAAGACGCUGAAAUUGAUUUCACCUACCUACCUACCUAGAUAUCAAGUAAAAUAAAUAUAAUGCCCCCUUUCACACACGAAAAUACACACACAACAGAGAAACACUUCCAGGCCAAUAUGCGUUAGCAGCAAUCUCGAGCUGGAGCGUCCGUUUGAGAAUCUUCGACCGUUGCACAAUUUGCGUAACAGCGUCAUCAUGUCACGCUCAUGUCAACGUACUCGUCUCAAGCUGUCUCCUCCAUAUACAUUUAAUAUAUAUGACAGUCCACUUCUGCGGCAGUCAGUGUACGUUGCUCCUUCUAAAACCAAUAUAAGAAUAUGUAGCGUUACGUUGACAUAACAGUGACAAGACGACGACAACGUGAUUUCUACUCUCGAGAAUGGCUUUCUACGAUAAACCGUUCUACAAUUGACGAUGAUCUUUCGUUCUUGCGAAUAUUUGAAAGUUUAUUAUUGAUGGUUCCAUUGGAAAAAUAAUUCAUUCUAGAUUAAAAAUGAUACGUUAACCGAAACUAGAGAGAUCGAAAUUGAUGACUGAAUCUCCGAGAGUUUUUCAAUAAUCUUAAACGGACACCAGCUUCCUGAAACGUUUUGUCCUGGGAUCCACGGAGUUUUAUUUCACAUGGAAGCUCCACUGAAAGAAAAGAGAAGAAGUAGAAGGGGAAAACACUAUAUAACAAAUCAAAGUGAUUGACAGAGGGUUAGUGUACAGGAGGCUGCAAAAAACUAUCCAGACGGUGUCAGUUAAUCGCCAAUUAUUGUCAUUCCUUCUCUCGUAUCAACAUUAAGGAUGUACGGAGAGGAGCAGGAGGGGUAGCGCACUUGACUAUAUACGUACGACGUUUUGACG